CUACAAACAAAGAGUGAAUCGAAGUCAGCCUGGGAUGUUAGAGCUGCCCAACCCCAUUGAUGAAUUAAAAAACUGCACACUGAUCUCAAAUUUCGCGGUCCUCGUCGUCGUCGUCGGUUAUGUCAUGGCUCGUCAACGUCAUUGGCACGUGACGCUUCACCUGACUGCGCUAACCCAAAUCCAGCCAACAAGCUCUGGCUUUUGCAGUUGCAACUGCUCCAAUCCUUGGCUUGGCUGGAGCCGCGGAAGCCAGCUGUGGCUAGCUCAGCAAAUCAGACCAUCUCCAAACACAACUCCUCUCUUCAAUUGAGCCACACCCAAGAACCACACAACCUUCACCCUCAACCACACAUCACCAACCCCCCGAAAACCGACACCAUGCUCCUGCAGCGCUCCGCCCUCGCGAUCGCCCGCCGGGCUGCCGUCGCCCCGGCUGUCCGCCGUUCCCUGGCCACCUCCGCCGUGCGCCGUGACGCCGUUCCUGAUACCAAGAUCAAGGGCAUCAAGGAGGUCAAGACCGUUGACGACCUUUUCGGCCCCGGUGCCCCCGCCGGCACCGUCCCUACCGAUGUCGAGCAGUCGACUGGUCUCGAGCGUCUCGAAAUUCUCGGCAAGAUGGAGAGCGUUGACGUCUUCGACAUGCGCCCUCUUGAUGCCUCGCGCCUCGGCACACUCUCCAACCCCGUUCUCGUCCGCUCCGCCGGCGAGGAGCAGUUCGCCGGUUGCACUGGUGUCCCCGCUGACUCCCACAACGUCAUCUGGCUCGGUAUGACCCGUGAGCGCCCCGUUGAGCGGUGCCCCGAGUGCGGCAGCGUCUACAAGAUGGAGUACGUCGGUCCCCAGGAGGAUCACCACCACGAUCACGGUCACGGCCACGGCUGGAAGGAGCCCAAGACCAUGGCCGACUACGUCAAGCCCGAGUACUGGUAA